AUGAUGCUCAGGUUUUUGGGUUCCCUCAGGAAUGGAUUUGUUACCUCGAGGAGGUAUGUCAGCAUCAUGGGCCAGUUGCAUCCUGCCGAAGGUGCCAAGCAGAGCUAUAAGAGGCUGGGACGUGGUCCCUCGAGUGGUAAAGGUAAGACUUCUGGGAGGGGUCAGAAGGGUCAGAAGGCUAGAGGUAAAGUGAAGUCGUGGUUUGAAGGUGGUCAGACCCCCAUCUACAAGCUGUUUCCGAAGAUUGGUUUCACCAAUGUCAAUGCACGUCCUCUGAAGGUAUUAAACUUGCAAAGAAUACAAGAGUUUUAUGAUGCUGGCAGACUGAAACUGGGCGAAGGUGAAGUACUAGACAUGAAGAAGAUGAAGGAUGUUGGUUUGGUUACUGGUCCAAUUAGAGAUGGAAUAAAGAUUCUAGCCAAGGGGCAGUUUGUGUAUAACUUGCCAUACAAAGUUGAAGCCAGUAGAGCCUCGAGCAAAGCAGUUAAAGCUAUAGAAUCGGCGGGAGGGUCGUUUGUUGCCAGAUACUUCAGCAGAAUGGGCCUUCGUGCACAUUUGGUUCCAAAUUGGUUCUUAGAGAAGAGAGGAAGAUUGCCUCUGCCAGCAAGACCAGUUAAAAGAAAGGAUAUUGACUACUACAGUAAAGAAGAAAACCGUGGUUACUUGGUUGUUGAAAACGAUCCAUACUUGAAGAUGAUCCAGGAAUCCAAGGCUCAAGGUAGAAAUAAGAUCAGAUCUGCCAAGACUAAAAAGAGUGCCUUGGAUAUUCAAUUAGAAGCGUUGCAAGAGAAUUUCAUACCACCUUCUUCAAAAUCAAAGACUGUGGGGUUGAAAUGA